GAAACUGCUUGCCCAAAUUAUCCAUAGCUCCAAAUCUCACUCUCACGAAUCUCAAGUAACUCCGGCGACACACUUCAACCUUCCACAGCGGACCAUGGAUGCCGAUACACCAGAUCCUCAACCCGAGCCCGUCUCAUCGUCAGCUGAUCCUCUAUCGAACCAAUUCGGUUCUCUCAAUGACCUUGCCCACGAGCUCGCCUCUCUCCAAGACCUUGCGAACCGCGGCAGCUGGCGCUCGAUCCUCGACAAGGUCGCUCGUGCCCGCUCUCAGUCUCUCCUUAACACACCUCAUGACCAUCUCACUUAUCUCGCCUACAACGUCCUUGCUCUGGCCAAACUACGCCGUUUUAAGGAUGCUCUCACUGAGAUCGAUACCGUCGAUGAUUUCGAUAGCCACCAUUACCGUUACGAAACAUAUCCCAAAAUCUACCCUAAUCGGUAUGGUUCUAUGGUCCCUUUCUCUCUCCGGUGGCUUCAUGCACUGAUUCCGAUAAAAUUAGGUAACCGCCAACAAGGAUUAGAUCGGUUUUAUAUGUUGCUCGAUUUUGUUCGUGGAAAACUAAAGGAAAAACAAGAUUACGAUAUUUCAACCAAAAUGUGGAGGAAAAGGGAGAUUUUUGUUAUGAAUGGCAUAAUUAGUGAGCAUUUGAAGAAUAAAGAAUUUGGUGUUUGUUUGGAUUUGAUUAAAGAUUUGGUUUCUCGUGGUAAUUUAGAUCCUGUUUUAUUAUCAAAAUUGGGUUAUAUACAGAUGCAAAUUGGGGAUUUGGAGGGGGCGAAGGGUUCAUUUGAUAGGGUUGAGAAAUUGUUGAACGAACGAAAUGCUGGGGGUGAUUAUGGGUUACUGAGCGAGGUUGAGUUGAGGAAUCAGGUGAAUAGGAACAAGGCGUUAGUGUAUUUGGUUGGGAAGGAUUAUGUGUCGGCUGUGAGGGAAUACGAGGAGUGCAUAGAGAGAGAUCCUAUGGAUGCUGUGGCCAUCAAUAACAAAGCUCUCUGCUUGAUGUACCUAAGGGAUUUGUCAGAUUCAAUCAAGGUUUUGGAGAAUUCACUUGAGAGAGUGCCCACUGUUGCAUUGAAUGAAACUCUUGUAGUGAAUUUGUGUAGUAUGUAUGAAUUGGCUUAUGUUAAUCACUCGGAUAUUAAGCGAACUCUCAGCAACUGGAUUGCCCGGGUGGCUCCUGAUGAUUUUGAUUCCUCUUCUACCAGGAUUUGAGAAAUUUAGCUUGUUAUAGCUUUUAUUUCUGUCAUUUUAGGUGGAUUUCUGAGUCUAUCAGGUUCUUGAAGAUUAAUGACUUAGGCUACUUGAUGGACAAAAUUUUAACUAAACAUGAAUAUCAAGGUGAGCUUUUGUGAUGCCACCAGUUCGCAGAUGGUAGAGAAUCUUUGGACCUAUCAACUUAUAGAUUAAUGUGAUUCUCACUUGUCUACAGCAUUUGUGUCUGCAAAGGUAGAUGGAAAAAAUAUGUUCUUUUUGAAAGGGGUAGCUAUUUUGUUCUUCAAACUUUGCGGAUGAGUAUGGAUGUAGGAGCAUAUUGAUGUAUUUUGUGGGAUUUAUCCCAUCUGAUUAUUUGAAUGAAAUCUUCUUCCUUGGAAAAAAAAUGAAAUGUUGGGGUUUGUUUCAAAACUUUUGAAUAUUAAGCAAUACUUAUUAGUUCUGGCGUUUAUCGAUUGGGAUUUCAUUUUCAUGUU